CCACGGCUUCUCUUUUACCGGGUGUUGUGCGGAUGUGUUGUUUUCACCGACAGUAACCGGCUGCGGCCGGUUUUGACCGUGUUGAUUUAGCUGCUGUGAGUUUUAUAAAAUGUGUUGACACCAGCUCAACGGAAUAAACUCUUGGUACAUCGCGUUAAACUGCAAGAAUCUGACACGAAUUCGAUUUACUAUUUCUAGUAGGGCGAUCGGUGUCGGUAAGGUUCGUUUCCCGAUAUGUAGUAUGUUUCAAACUUUUAACCUCUUUCAAAUAUAGGCUACUUAUAGUGGAAUGGAUCAUUAAAAAAGAAGGAUAUUUUAAAAAUACAAUCCGAUCUGCAGGUUUUCUCUUCAUUCUCCCCUCUGUCUGCCUGUGUGUCAGCCAUGGACUGCAUAAGAGUGACUUUGACAGUGAGAGAGACCACAGCCCUGGGUGAGGUGAUCGCAGUGGUUGGCAGUUGUGAGACCCUGGGCAGCUGGUGUCAUCAGAAGGCUGUGGCCUUACAGCGAGCAGAUGAGGAUGGCACUCUUUGGAGAACUACCAUUUUGGUUCCUAGAGGAGUUGAAACCCAAUAUCGCUAUUUCAAAGGAUUAUUUUUGGAAUCUAAGAUGUCAACCAACUGGCUGGCUGGCUGGCAGAAAGUGAGUGCAGAUGGGCUAUGUGAAGUGAUAGUCAAUAGAUGGGAGACCCAUCAGCUGCCUCGCUCAUUGAGGCCCUCAGAAUCAGACCUUGUGAUACACGAUGGACGCUUUGGAUUCCAUAAUGGUGUGGAGUGUGUGGACUCUGGCUGGUUGACGAGCCAGACGGAAAUUCGUCUCAGGCUCCAUUACUCCGUGAAACCUCCAGUAUCUAUUACUAAGAAAAAAUUUAAGAAGUCUCGCUUUAGGUUGAAGCUGAUGUUAGAGGGUAUUGAGGAAGAAGAGGAGGAGAGCCCUACAUCAGGGCAUAAGAUGACCACCACACUGGAGAUCAGUAUGAUCAAUGAAGAUGGAUAUAAGUCUCGUCAUUCCCAGCCGGAGUGUGGCUACGCCCUGGAGCCCUCACGGUGGACAGAGUACAGCAUUCACACAAUGGAUCCCGACAAUUUGGAGCUCAUUUUUGAGUUUUUUGAGGAGGACUUAAGUGAGGCCGUGGUUCAAGGAGAUGUCCAUCACGGCUACGUGGGCACCGCAUGCCUCCUGUCCUCAACUUUUGUGGAGAGUGGAAAGGACUUGGGUGUGGUCACCCUGCCCAUCAUGAGUCGGAACUCCAGACAGACCAUCGGGAAAGUCAGAGUGGAUUACCUGGUGAUACGCCCUAUCCGGGGCAUGCAGUGUGACAUGAGCCAGUCUUUCUCUAAAUACUGGAAGAAAAGGAGUGCUCUAGAUGUUGGACACAGAGGAGCAGGGAGCUCACAUGCUGCCAAGCAUCACAAGGUCAGGGAAAACACCAUUGCCUCAUUUCUAAGUGCUGCCAGCCAUGGAGCUGCAUAUGUAGAGUUUGAUGUUCAUCUCUCCAAGGAUUUAGUCCCAAUCGUGUACCAUGAUCUCACCUGCUGCAUUUCUACCAAAAAGAAAAAUGACAAGAAUUCAAUGGUAUUGGUUGAAGUUCCCGUCAAGGAUCUUACCUUUGAUCAACUUCAACUUCUCAAACUGGCCCACACAACUGCCAUGGAUGUUCAUGACCACAAAGACUUGCAGGAUGAAGAGGAGUAUAUAUAUGAACAUCAGCCUUUCCCGUCCCUCUCACAGAUAUUUCAGGCUGUUCCAGAUCAUGUGGGCUUCAACAUUGAGCUGAAGUGGAUCUCUCAAUUCAGGGAUGGUUCCUGGGAUGCAAGCCUCUCCACCUACUUCAACAUGAACCAGUUCCUGGACAUCAUCCUCACAUGUGUGCUCCAGAACGCUGGCAAGAGAAGGAUAGUCCUCUCCUGUUUUGAUCCUGAUGUUUGCACAAUGGUCAGGCAAAAGCAGAACAAAUACCCCAUCCUGUUUCUGACUCAGGGCAUCACAGACAUCUACCCUGAACUCAUGGACAUCCGUUGUCAGAACACAAAGAUCGCCAUGAGCUUCGCUAUGAGUGAGAACAUUCUGGGAAUCAGUGCACAUGCAGACGAGCUCUUAAGGAACAUGGAGUGUAUCAGAGAAGCCCAGUCUAAAGGGCUGGUGGUCUUCUGCUGGGGAAAUGAUAACAAUGACCACGAAAACAGGAUGAAGUUAAGGGAACAGGGCAUUGAUGGCCUCAUAUAUGACAGAAUCUGUGAAGACCAGAUGGAGCAGUCCGACAUCUUUAAAGUAGAGGAGCAGGUUUCUAUAAAAGAGGUCAUUUCGGAGGAGACUAUGCAAACCUGUGCCUGUUCCACCUAUAGUAUUCCGUGCUCCUCCAUUCCCUGUGCUGGAAAAGCCCAAGAGGCCAGCGGGGAGUCAGACUCUGGCCUAAGUUCUUCCUGAGAGCCAUUCGUAAAGUCCACCUUACCUCAAGCUCCCAUGAACUGUUCACAAUGCAACAGAACUAAUGCACAGAAACACUCACUACAUUGAGCCAAACUUCACUCGAGUCCGAUUGCAAAGGCAGAAGGUGUGUUUUAGAGUAUAAUUAUGUCAAACCAGUGACAUAAAGGACAAUUACACAAUGCUAGUUUCCACAAAGGUAAUAUUUUUGCCUAUUUAGUUAAUUUGCUGUAUGUUUGAGCACUGCAGAAUCAUAUAUAGAACACCUAGAUGCAAUUGGAAUCUUUGUCAUCCCCUGAAUUUCUUCCCUUCAAGUAUUUAUCUAUUUCUUGUUUAUUUUGUCCGCGGAAUGAGUACUGACCACUUGCGCAAUAUAGUAUUAAGGCUAGGAUAUACUCCAUUUUCGUUGGGCAUUAUACGCGAAUAGUCAGAUAUUUGCAUCACACGCACUGUGCUCGAGACGUACCGUCACGUGGAAACCGAAGUAUACUUUGGCCUUUAGAAUCACGAACAACACAAAUGCAGGGCUUGAUAAUACAGUGCAAAUAAUAGUGUACAGUGCUUAAAUACAAAUCUGGUGAAUGUGUUGAUUUUCUUGUAAAGAAACACCUAAUCAAUAGACUGAAUUUAAUUGCUAUUAUUAAAAAUAUUUUAUGGUUAACAGAGGGGCCUGUUUUUCAGAAAGUCGUUGUUUUUCUUCUUAGCAUGUAACAUCACAAUGCCUAUGCAUGUGUCUCUGCUGUAUAGAAAUGUUUCUAUAACCAUUGCGUCCACAAAUAAUUUCAUAAAUUUAACACUGUUCAUUUCAGCAGAACAAAAUGUCAGCUUUUUUCAUUCAGCGGUGCAAUUCACAACUAUUUACUAUAUCUGGGUAUAUAUUUGAAUGAAUGUGCCUCCAUAAUCUGUCUGUAUGUGCUGCGUCAAAGUCAGUGUGGUUGUCUCUUUGCAUGCAUUUACACCGCUCCCUCACUGCAGGGUAGUGAAAUUAUGCAUGUUUGCUGAUGAACGCCACACUGGACUGAGGAACUUGUAUGAAUCCACACUCACUGCGGGUUAUACUUCACCAUGCCAACUUCGAACAACGCUCUGAGAGCCACAAUAAAUGUAUUUCAGACAAAUUAA